AUGAAAAUAAACGACAAAAAUUUAGCUGCAUUUGCUACGUCUCCCACUCCGGUAGAUCGUGAAGGAUGGCUUCAAAAAAGGGGAGAAAUUAACAAGGGUUUCCAAAAACGAUGGUUUGUCUUGAAAGGAAAUUUGCUAUUUUAUUUUGAAAAACCAGCUGACAAAGAGCCUUUAGGUGUAAUUGUUUUAGAGGGCUGCACCAUAGAAUUAGCAGAAGAUGAAGAUCAUUUUAUAUUUAAAAUUGUUUUUCACGGAGCUGGAAAUAGAAGUUACAUUCUGGGAGCCUAUUCUCAAGAAUCUAUGGAACAAUGGAUGAAGGCAUUAGCUUUUGCCAGUUAUGAUUAUAUGAAACUUAUGGUAUCUGAUCUUCAAAGGCAAUUGGAUGAAAUGGAAGACAUACCUACCACUUUGGAUAAUGCUAGUAUACAAAGAGUUGGUAUCAUUAAAGAAAAAAAAUCACCUAAUCCUCCUCCGAGGCAAAGGCAUAAUCCUUUUAACAAAAGUUUACCUGUCUGUAAAGAAGGAUUUCAUUACCAACAUCAAAGGUCUCAAAGUGUAAAAUGUACAUCAGAUACUUUUCCAAGCUUUCAAGCUUUUCGUAGUGAAUUGUCACAAAAAAACAAAAUAUCAUUUAGAGAAAUCCAUAAUUUGUAUGGAAGAAGAAUUUUAGCAGAUUUUAAUGAAUGGAAGCAUUACAGAAAACAAAAUAUUCCUAUCAAAGAAGAAAAUAAUGUUAAGGAAGGUCUUUUAAUAGCAUUAUAA